GGGGGCUUUAAUGAUCUCCAGAUCUGAGCAGAUUUAUAACCAGUACAGAAGUAUUUAAAGUGUGCAGAGAAUAUUUUAAGGUCCCUGUAAACCACGAUAUACAGGGAGCUUUUUAAGUAUAUGGUGAAGUUAUGUUUGGCAGCAUGGGACAGCCUCUUGAAUGAGAGAAAAAAAAAAUGGGGCGGGUAAUGCAAUUUCAUGCAAUGACAUCACUUUUCCUCUCAACCCAAAACAGUGAACGCGGAGGCGGGGAGAGAGAGCCGCUGCUGCCGCUGCAGAGAGAGGAGCCCCGGCGCUGCACCAUGAGCACAACACACCCCGACAUAUAAACUCACACACCUCUCCGUCAUGGAUCCAUCAUGAGACGGCAGCGGCGACAGUUUCCAACCAAAUGAGCUCCUUGGUUUUGUUGUUGGGAGACAGAGGCGCCUGACAGGAGACUGACUCCUCUUCAAGGAUCAUAACGAGAGCUGAAACCACAGAUGAGAACAAUGUCUGAUGAGACAGAACAGAGAAUGUGUGACGAGGACUUCGGUUCGGACGAGGAGGGCGAGGAGGGAGACGUGGAGUCUUACCUGGAGGACAACAGCAGCGAGCUCGUGGACCGACUGAGAGAGCUGGAGGCUGAAAACUCUGCUCUGAUGUUGGCAAAUGAGAGUCAGAGAGAAGCUUAUGAGAGAUGCUUGGAUGAGGUGGCCAACCACGUAGUCCAAGCUCUGCUAAAUCAGAAGGAUCUGAGAGAGGAGUGCAUCAAGCUGAAGAUGUUGGUGUUUGACCUGGAGAGACAGAACAGAGCGCUUUGUGAGCUCUUUCAGCAGAAACUGCCCAACCACCCCACUGCUCACUACCAGGUCCAGGCAGGACCACUCCCAGACUACAAUGCACAGCUGCACAAUGACUCUGCCAAACAGGUGGAGCCGGCACAGACUGAAGCACAAGCCAAGGGAAAUGGCUACCGCACACAACAUGCCUCCCCGGGCCCUCGUGGCCCUGCCGCCUCCAUGGAGGCCCUGUCUCCCUUCUUCAAGAAGAAAGCACACAUCCUGGAGGUCCUCCGCAAGAUGGAGGAGACGGACCCUCUGAAGUUCCACCCGUCCACCACGAGCUUGUCUUUCUGCGACUACAGCCAGGUGCUCAUGUCCACAGAGGCUGUCCUCGCCACUGCGGACCCCCUCCCGCUACAGUGCAAAACCCACCACACACACUGCCACUGCUCCUGCUCUGACGCUGACACACACCAGCAUGUCAACGGCGACGGGGCGGUGAAGUGUGAGGCUGGGAACACCUGCUGUUUACACUGCAAGAGGAGCCCAGACAGUCCUCCGAAGCCAUGCAACCACGUCUGUAGUCCUUUAAAAGCCAACUCCGCCACCCAGAGCCAUGUAGUUCCUGCAGCUGCUAUAAGCGAAUGUCACAGUAAGAGCAGAACGGUGGAGUCUGUUUCCCCGUCUAAACAAUGCACCAAGAAUGAAGCCCACCAGCAACCAGCAGGCGCCACCGCCCACUCCUCAAUCACAGAAACCACAGAGCAGAGCCUGGAGGUGAUGGGAGGGGAGCAAGAGCAGGAUAUCUCUGAGAGUCUUAACGCUGCUGCCCCUGAAGAGCUCACUGGGUUCAGUUCUGUGAAGGACAGCGCACAGAUCUCCCACUGUGACAUAGAGACAAGCGAUGGCGUUCACAACGGCUUAGCCUCCAUCAACGCCAUGUCGAAUGACCCCUCAGCCGUCCCCGAGAAAGACAGCACAGAUCAGGAGGCUUCCUCUGUGAGAGCCGGAGCCUCCGUCAGCCCCAGCCCCUCCUGCCUCAGCGACGUCAAAGCCGCCGCCAUCAACUCCCCGUCCAAACUGCUCAAGUUCCUGAAGAUAGGCGAGAAGUCUCAGGCUUCAACCGCCGCUGUCCGUCUGAGCCCCCAGCUCACCCGCAGCUCCAGGAUCCCCUGUCGCACAAACAACUACGAGGUGUACCACUCGCCUGUUCCCACACGCAGAGCCACCACCACAGAGAGGUGCCGGCAGCCCCCGCCGCCGCCCUCCAGGUCCGAGUCGUACCCCGCCACACACUCGGCCCCAACCUCCCCUCCGCAGCCUGAAGACGUCUGCUCCCCGCCCUCUAAGGAAAUAAGCUACAGCAGCCUCUCUGCACCUAAAGCCAGCGCUGGCUCCAAGGUUGGCGCUCCCUCCUCCUCGCCGAAAGUAUCUCAGAGGGUCCCUCAUUAUGAAAACGUCUGUAAUAUGUCCACAAGCUCUAGAGAGGAGGAGCCAACCCAGGGCCUCGAGAAAAGAACCACACUUCCAUCCCAAACAAAGGCCAACGGUGGUGAAAGGAAGCUCGUUAAAUCGCUACCAGAAAGUGUCCUCAACCCCCCUCCUCAGCGAAAGCAGUCGUCUUCGUCCACGUCGGAGUCCACAUCAGACGAUGAAGAGGAUUCAGACAGCCCAGUGUGGGUUAACCAUCACAGCCUGCCCAACUCUGCCCUCAGCAAGGCUCAGGGCAGAGUUAACUACUCCCAACCCAGAGAGAAACAGGAGGCCGAUGUAAGGGAGAUCACUGUGCAGAGCUCAGGGGCUGCCCAGCCGCUGCCGCCUCCUCCUCCCGUUAGGAGGAGCGACUCCUCUUCCAUCCCCAAGAGGCCUGCGGCCGGGGUGGUGAGACCCCCGGCCGAUUCCAGUCACCACGCUUUCAAAGACAGGCUGGCUGCGCUGGGCAAGCUGAGGAGCUCUGAGGAUUUACAAGUCGGUCUCCGGCCGGUGGACGCGGUCAAUGAGGGCACCUACGGGGAAGAAAGGAGUAAGACAGCGGAGAGGCCCGUGGAGCUCCAUAAGGAGGAGCAGAGACAUUCAAAAUACACAGACUCUUUGGAUGGUAAAGUAAAAGGUGGUGGUGGUUUGAAGUACCCGGGGGCGUCGCAUGCGUACGAACAGGCAGUAAAAUCUCAGCCGCCGGUUCCAGCGGUGGUCAAACAAGAACUGUGUGUGACCAAGACUGAAGGCUCCAAGAGCAAAAUAGGUCUGCCGUCCCCCAACGCAGAUGCUCCGCAGGUACUACGCAACAACAUCAAGUGUCCUGGCUCCCUGAAUCUGUCCUACAACCUUAAACCAGGUGUCGGUCCUCACAGUAGCAACAGCCCCAACAAAAUCCCCCCAAAGUCGCCGUCCAAACCCUGCCAGGGUCCGUCCGUGCACAGAGGGGGGAAGCCCGCCGAGGCCCCGCGUUACUCGUCCAAAUCAGAGGAGAGGACCAAGAUCAGCGGGAAAGGGAAGAAGAAUCCGAUGUAUGGAGACAGCCUGCCGCCUCCUCCCCCGAGACCUCCCAUGUCUGAGGGGGAGAAGCCGCUGCAGCCGGUCCCCAGCCCGCAAUCCGCCAUCGAGCAGAAGGUGAUGAAGGGCAUCGAGGAGAACAUGCUGAAGCUGCAGGAGCAGGACAGAGGAGGGCAGAGCAGCGAGGUGAAGCAGAAAGCCUCCAACGGCAUCGCGAGCUGGUUCGGCCUGAAGAAGAGCAAACUGCCCGCGCUGAGCCGCAAGGCCGACGCGACCAAAGCAAAAGACGAGAAGAAGGAGUGGAAGAUAAACAUCCCCUCGGUGGGCAGGGACUCUGUGAAAAUGGCCACCAGGUGUAAAGAAGGAGUGGAAGGUCUGAACAUCUCGACUCUGAUGGAGAAGGCGGAGGGGCUGAGGAGGGCCCUGGAGGAGGAGCGGGCGUACGUGGAGAGGUCGGGCAGGGGUCACUCCUGUGAGGUGGUGAUGGACCAAGCUCAGGGACAGCUGGCUGUCAUGUACAGAGGAGCUCGCUCGGACAACUUCAUGCAGCAGCUGCUGAACAGAGUGGACGGGAAGGACGUGAUCAGCGUGCCCCAGCGUCGGCUCUCGUUCGACUGCAAGUCGUCCAAACCGGUGUUCAGUCAGCAGAGCGACCUCAUCAGUCACACCAGCAGCCGCGACGAUAUGGAGAAGGUAUCAGACAGACUCGGCAAGAUCACGUCAGAUGAAAACCUCGCAGAUUCGGUUCACUCUCAGCACUUCGCAGGUUCUGGUGCGUCCACGUACACCCUGGACAGCGGCAUCGGUACGUUCCCCCUGCCUGACUGCAGCAGCGGCGCAGCGGGACGCAGCCUGUCCAAGACGAGGGCCGGAGCCGAGCACCACUCCUCCGGCUCCCCGGGGAGGGCCGGGCGACGGGCACGCACCCUGGAGAGAGAGCUGACGUCCCAGGAGGAGUGCUACGUCCCUCACAAACAGCUGAUCCCCACCAUUCAGUACGGCUCCAUGCUGGAGGGGAGGAGCUCCGCCGCCGUCAUCCGCGAAGACAAAGAGGCUCACGGGGCGAACAUGUUUUCCCCUCGCUCGAAGACUUGGACCUUCCCCAACCUGAAGACUCCGGCAGGACCUGCGGAGGUUUACCUGGCAGUGGAGGAGGAAGAGGAGGAGCCGGUGCCCUUCGGAUCACCGUUCAGAGGGAAUGAUGUCUGCAAAGAAUAUUGUGGCGGUGAUUCUCCGUUGCAACUGGAAAGAUGGAUCGAUAGACUUCUCCUCAGGAUUCCCAAUAAACAUGAAGCCAAAAGCCACCAGAAUAAUAUAGGUUGUUCACUUUCUCACCGUCAGACUCGACUGUGGACACUUCUCUUUAAUUCAUGUAUACAGGACUACAAAAACGCAUGGCUCAGCUAAUGAUUAGCACAAACAGUUGUCACUCCCGGUCUUUUGUUUUUCUCAUCCUGGUAGACGGAGCAGCGAGGCUGGAGCUGAUCAGUACUGUACUGUAUCAAUACAUCCGUUCUCAUCGUUUCACCACACAAUGUAUUGAGAAAAAAAAACAAAAACAUGGAGCUCCUUAAAAAAAUGAAUGUUCAUGUCUGUGAUUCUUUAUUGCUAAAAACUCAUCACGAUUUUAAAUGUACAAACGAUUUUAUUGAUUCAUGUUGAUAUUGUUUUGCGACCGAGGAAGGUUGUCAGAAUAUGUCUGUUUUAAAUCAUAAUACAUUUAAAGGUAAUAUAUACCAGCAAUAAUAACAUAGAUAAGAGAAAUGGCUACACUAUUCAAUGAAUAUGUAUUUCUAUUAUUUAUUUAUUUUAAAUGUACAUCAUCUUUUUUUUCUUUUUUUUUAUCUUUCUGUGAAAAUUGCAGUCCUCCUCGCUUACUAGAUUAUGUUCAUAUCUUGUAUUUCAUCUCUGUUGCUGUUCGUUCCCUAGCCAAUAGAGGUCCUAUGUACCUACUGCCGUUUUUCAACUUUCUAAUUAAAAUGUUUUGAUUUAG